CCACGUGUGCGAGUCUAGCCCACAUGGCGACGCUCCUGAAGAGGCUGCUUCGGCUCCGGACACCCCUGGCGGCCUUGGGUCGCUCGGUGGGACGGCGUGAGGCCAGCCUGGGCAUCGAUCCCGGGGCUGCGGUUCGAGUGCGGUUCGCUCCCAGCCCCACAGGCUUCUUGCACCUGGGUGGCCUCCGCACUGCCCUGUACAACUACAUCUUUGCCAAGAAGCACCAGGGGAGCUUCAUCCUGAGGCUGGAAGACACGGAUCAGAGCCGCCUUGUGCCUGGGGCAGCAGAGAAUAUUGAGGACAUGCUGGAGUGGGCAGGCAUCCCCCCUGAUGAGAGCCCCCGCCGGGGAGGUCCUGCGGGGCCCUACCAGCAAUCUCAGCGUUUGGCACUGUAUGCUCAGGCCACAGAAGCACUGCUGAAGACGGGAGCUGCCUAUCCCUGUUUCUGCUCUCCACAGCGGCUGGAACUCCUAAAGAAGGAGGCCCUGAGGAACCAUCAGACGCCCCGGUAUGACAAUCGGUGCCGGAAUCUGAGCCAGGAGCAGGUGGCCCAGAAACUGGCCAAGGAUCCCAAGCCUGCUAUCCGCUUCCGCCUGGAGGAGGAGGCACCAGCCUUCCAGGACCUAGUAUAUGGCUGGAGUCGGCAUGAAGUGGCCAGCGUGGAGGGGGACCCAGUCAUCCUGAAGAGUGAUGGCUUCCCCACGUACCACCUGGCCUGUGUGGUGGACGACCACCACAUGGGCAUCAGCCAUGUGCUGCGAGGCUCCGAGUGGCUCGUCUCCACCUCCAAGCACCUGCUUCUCUACCAGGCCCUGGGCUGGCAGCCACCACACUUUGCCCACCUGCCCCUGCUGCUCAACAGGGAUGGCAGCAAGCUGUCCAAGAGGCAAGGGGACAUUUUCCUGGAGCAUUUUGCUGCUGCUGGCUUUCUGCCUGAAGCCUUGCUCGAUAUCAUCACCAACUGUGGCUCGGGGUUUGCAGAGAACCAAAUGGGCAGGACCCUGCCGGAGCUGAUAGCACAGUUCGACCUGACUCGGAUCACCUGCCACUCGGCCCUGCUGGACCUGGAGAAGCUCCCAGAAUUCAACAGGCUGCACCUCCGACGGCUGGUGAGCAGUGAGUCCCAGAGGCACCAUCUGGUGGGGCAGCUGCAGGCCCUUGUGGAGGAGGCAUUUGGGAGCCGUCUGCAAGACCGGGAUGUCUUGGACCCAGCCUAUGUGGAGAGGAUCAUCUUGCUGCGACAGGGUCACAUCUGCCGCCUACAGGACUUGGUCUCCCCAGCCUACUCCUACCUGUGGACUCGGCCUGCUGUGGGUCGAGCACAGCUGGGCGCCAUCUCAGAGAAGGUGGAUGUGAUCGCUGAGCGCUUGCUGAGGCUUUUGGAAAAAUCUGGCGUGAGCUUAACGCAGGAUGUGCUGAAUGGAGAACUGAAGAAGCUGUCGGAAGGUCUGGAAGGCACAAAGCACAGUAACGUGAUGAAACUCCUCCGAGUGGCCCUCAGUGGACAGCUGCAAGGACCCCCUGUAGCUGAGAUGAUGGUGUCCCUGGGACCAACAGAAGUGCGGGAACGAAUCCAGAAGGUGCUCUCCAGUUAGGGAGAAGAUGUGCAGGACAGUGGAGGCAGCUGUAGGAACCUGUGGACCUGGGAGCUGCCUUCAGAGGAGAGGAAAGGGAGGCCUGGGGCCCUCCGGAGCACUGCGGAAGGAGCUGAACAUGGACCGGAAUCCCCGCUGCAUACGUGUGUUACAUGUACGGUGUAUCCAUGCUCCGUGGCAGGUCUUCAGCCAUCUUACCUCCUUGACUCUGGGAGGGAUGUUCUUGUGUCUGUUCUUUCAAAUCACAUUACACAGCCCCAAACAGUGUAACCCCAGAGAGUUCAGGGGUUAGUAUGCUGCAGCCGCCAUAACCAAAUACCGCAGAACAACAGAGAUUUAUUUUUUCACAGAUCUGGAGGCUGAAGGUCCACGAUCGAGCGGUUUUCCCAAGGCCUCUUUCCUUAGCUUGCAGGUGCCGUUUCCUUGCUGUGUUCUCCCAGGGUCUUCUUCUGUGCACACAAACCCAGUAUCUCCCUGUGUGUCCUCAUCUCCUCUGACGAGGAUGCCAGUCAGAUCAGGGCUCGCCCUAACAGCCUCACUGUGUGACUUCUUUAACGGUCCUGGGUCUAAAUGCAGUCCACAUUCUGUGAGUUAGAGCUUCAUCAUAUGAAUUUGAAGAGGACACAGUUCAGCUUAUCACAGUUUGGCAGCAGCCUGAACUAUGGAUCUCACUUUUGUGGUGCAGUUUGGAGUUAAAACGACGACAGAUAAUAGACAAGCAGGGCUUUGUUUGGGGUUGAAAUGGGAGAAAUCAUACUUCUGCCAAGGGUGAGCCCUUGUGUUUUAUGCUACUUUUGUCCUUGAACCUUGGACAGCCUGUGACUCCUUUCUCUGAAGGUCAUCUGUUUCUAGUUCUCCAGAUAGGAUCCUUAGGCUGGAGACCUUCACCCUGCCCUUGUGUGUCUUUCUUCACAUCCACCUCUGUGCCAUUAUUUGUAAGUCAUUGUCUGCAGAUUUCCAAAAUGAGAUUUCUUCUUAGGGUCUUAGGUGACUAGGAGUAGCUGAAAGGAAAGGAGGCUGGUGCCUGGGGACAAAGCCCUUACAAGGCUUGUAGCCUUCUGUGGGCAGCCAGCCUCUAAGGUGGCUCCAGUCUCUGUUCUCUGCCUCUUGGUACUCACCCUUGUAUGGUUCCUUUCCACCCUGGACAGUGCUGGCUGUUUAGGAAAUGACACAGCUUGAUUUCUGAGGCUGGGUCAUAGAGUAUAUUGUGGCUUCCAUCUUGUUGUCUCUAAUCCCUGACUUGGGGGAAAGCCAGCUUCCAGCUCAUGAAGACAGUCAAGCAGCCCUGUGCAUGGGCCCUGCCAACAGCCAGUGGGUGAACCAUGUUAGCUGCUGCUUUUUUUUUUUUUUUUUUUCUGGGGCUGGGGAUUGAACGGUGAACCAUGUUAGAAGCUGAUCUUCCAGGCCCAGCCAAGCAUUCGAUGACUACAGUCCUGGCCAAUGUCUUGACUGCAACCUGCAGGAGAGGCCCAGAGCCAGAACAGCUCAGUGACACUGGUCUGGGAUUCAGACAUGCCCAAAUUGUGAUACAGUAAAUGUUUAUUGUUUAAAGCCA